CUGCGUCUCUCGGGCACAGAAUAGAAAAGUUGGGGUAAAGUCUGAGUCAGCUCCAGGAACGAACAGACACUCACAGCUACUCCCUCCACAGUACCAGUCCUCCCUCUCUCUCUCUCUCUUUUUUUUUUUUACUGCUCUCUCACUCAUUCAGUCUCUCUCUUUCACACACAUACACACACACAUACACACACGCGCACACACACACACACACACACACACCACUCCUGGCAGAAGGAAGACAGGACCACAGGAGAACUGUUACACACCUUUACUACCAGAUAGUCACCCAUUCAUCGCCAGACGCUUUGCCCAGGAUGUGGAUGCUUCUCUUGGGGGUCACCUUUGGAUUACUGGCCUCGUCCAGGUCAGAGCAACUUCAAGUGAACUCUCGGAGCUGCAGCUAUGCCGGAGUAUUCCUGGUUGAGGGAAACGACCGUCACUCCCUCAGCUUUGCCACAGCACUAAAGGUGUGUGAGCAGCUCGAGACCACUAUGGCAAGUCCGGAACAAGUAGAAGAGGCCUACGCCAAAGACAUGGAAACCUGCAGGAACGGCUGGAUCAACAAUGGGAGCAUUGCCAUCCUCAGACACUCGCACCAUGAACUCUGUGCAAAGAACAUGAGCGGCUUCAUUGUUCAUCUAUACUUUAGACCAGAUGAACUCUUUGACGCCUACUGCUACGACGACAAAGUUGGGCCUGAGAAGAACUGUGAAAAAGCCUUUAAAUCCACUGGACAUUUACCAUCAGAUGAACCAGCUGAGCCCUCACCACUGCCUCAGAUCCCAACAAUAUCAGGCGAUGCAGAGCCAGGGUCCACUCUCCAGUCACAACCCAAGGACCCUUCUGAUAUUGAGGGUGGUGACAUCACAGCAGCUCUCUGGGAAUUGACCACAGUCAUCACCACUAAUCCCACAGAACUGAGUGCAGAGGAUCCAAAGGCUCCCACACCCGACCGGGCUGUGGAUGAAAACCCCCUUGGUGGGAGUGAGAACAGCACGGGGGUGCUCCCUUUCACUCUCGAGGACCUCGACCAGUCCACUGGAUCUGGGAUGACGCCAGUCGUCUCUGAGGACGAAAGAGUCUCUCCGACGGCCCCUGUUGGAGAGCCAAGGAAACCACAGGCUCCCAGUGAAAAUGGGGAGACUGGGGGCACAGAGCCUGAAAGAGAUGACGUCACCAAAAAGCCUCCACAACAACCAAAUGGCAAAGGACAGGUUCAGGGUCCUGAUGAGCCGGAAAAUGACCAAAAGGAGGGCAGCACUUCACUGGACUGGCUGGUAAUCAUUGGGGUGAUUGUGGCAGUUGCUGCUAUUCUUUUCGUAUGUGUAGCUGUUGCCAAAAGAAACAGUUUGUGCAACAAACGACAGACGCUGAUGAUCACGUCCAAGGAUGGUGGCGAGGGGAACGGCGCCACAGCAUUGGCAUCCAGCUCCCAGGAGCGAGAGCAGGAGAUGGUGACCCUCAUGAACAAGGAGAAGAUCCAGGAGAACGGCAACACAGAGGAGUUCACCGUCAUCACGCUAGAGGAGUCACCGGAUAAAGAGCAGCAGGCAUGAGGCGGGAGUCGUGGAAUUUGAAGGCGAAGAGGGAGAGCGUGAGGCGAAGGGGGAGAGAGUAUAGACAGACGUGGGUUGGGGGCUUCAAACACUGGAACCACUUUGGUGAUCAGCAAUGAAUGGAGGCUGAGUGUGUGUUACUAUAGAACGAUUGUGUUACUAUAGAACAAUUGUCUAACUUAAGUGUUUUGGGUCUGAAGCUGUUGCCCCUCAGAGAGGACCAGGUCUUUUCAAAUGUGCAGCAUUUAGUUUGUGUUGUAUCCCAGAUGGUGACCUUCAUGUGGUGAGCCUUAGUUCAGAAUGAAUGAAUGCUGAGCACGGUGGGGUGUCAUGCGCGGGUGCGUAGCAGGGUGUGCAAGUGCGUUUCGUGUCUUGUUCUUUGUGUUUGUUAGAGUUGUGCGCUUGUGAGUUGAUGACGGGGCUGGAGAGGCAUGGGUUUAAAGGGGGGGGGGGGUCAUUUGUGACAAACAUAUUAAUUACAGAUUAUUCUCUUUGUAAUAGAAUUGGUGAAUCCUAAAUGUAGGAAGUCGAUGAUGAAAAUUUUGUUAUUUUAUUUGAGAUUCUGCAGACAGGAAAAAAAAGAAUUUUCAUGUGUUUUCAUUUUGUUUGCUGAAUGUUGUAACCUUGUGUAUAUUUCAGACGUUGCCUGUGGACUGAAGCUUGUUUUUAUUCCGAAAAAUAUAAGAAAAAAACCUGAGGAUUAAUACCUAAUUUAUGCAUCUUUCAGUCCCCUUUUUCUUUGGUCUUUGUAUAUAAAGUACAUGUUUGGAAAUGCCUUAGCAUUAGAUGCCCAUGCUUUCUUUCUUUUCUUUUUUUGGCAGGUUGGGGCUUUAUAUCCCCUUUAAAUAGAAGAAUGUGUUAAUUUAGAAAUUUAAUUCAAUCAGACAAAGUACCCCUGAGGUAAAAAUGGAUUUUGCAAUAUUGAGUAUUGCAUGAAUCAACUUGAUCAUCCAAGAUAAUAUGGUAUAAAUUUAUUUUGAUUCCUUGAUGUUAUCCUGAGGAUAAGCAGAACAAUUAUCAUGAUGUGUAUGAAAACACAGUGUGUACUUUGAUCAGGGGGGAAACAAGCAAAAGAUUUGAAUUGAAUCAGUAGCAGAUAGAUCAUUUUGUAAAUGCGAGGUUAUUAACUGAGAUGCGCAAUAUCAUAUAUGAUAUUCAGCAUCAACUAAAUAUCACAUGAUGCACAGCCCAUGUGCUGCAAAGACUUGACAAUGUAAAGGUCUUCUUCUAUUGAAAUGUUUUCUGAUCGGAGAUGAGGGGAUGAUGGAGCUUGUGUUCUGGUCUCAACAAACCACUCACAGGGAAAUGCUGCAGUUUUUUGCUACUGACCUUCUCAUUGGCUAAAUAUAACAUACAUUGUGUCACAUCAGUUUUAUUCCUGGUUUGACCACUUGUUUUUUUUCUGGUGUAAAGCUGAACUGUAAACACAUUUUGGUUGUUUCAUUGUCGCUCCUGCUGUUUGCUCUUUUAUCAUUCAUUCUGACGGGAAGUAGCAGCCGUAGUCGUGUAGGCAGGUUUCAUGACCAAUUAACAAAAGAUGUUGCUGGUUAAAAAAAAAAAGAUUUGUGAAGUCAUGAACGAAAUAAACGUGUAUAGAAAGAGAUGGAAUGUGGUGUUCACUCACUGAUUGCUCACUGUGAGCCAAGACAAAGGCGAGCGAGUGAAUGGCAUGACAGGGGAUGCGAAUUGUGACGUUGCCCCCCCGCCCUCCGCCCCAACAUAAGAAGAAGUGAGGUUUCCAUGGCACCGGGGUCGUGAUGAGAGAACACGCUAACACAGAAUACAAAGACGGCCAUUUUGAAAGAGUUAAACUGCAUGCAGCUCA